GCUUUGUUUGAUAGUUUGAUGGCUUGAUGCUUCAGUCAGGAACCUUUUGUUUUUAUUUAUAAGUGUAUUUCUAGAUUAUUAAUUAUUCCUUAUCAUUUUGACCUUUACUUAUUAAUUGCAAAAGAAAUUAAAAACAAUGAAUGCUUUAUUAGACUAUGGUUCGUCUUCGAACGAAUCCGAUACUGAUAGCGGAGAAGAAAAGAUAACAAAAGAAGAAGAAACAAAAGAUAUUGAAAAGCCUAAACUUCCAAAACCGGCGCUUGGUGAGAGUAGCCUUCAAACAUCAGUUUUCUCCAACCCAUUUGUAGAAGCGGAGCUAGCCAAAGCAGCUAUAUUAGAGAAACAUGUUAAAAUGGUUCCAGGUAAAGGGAAUACCCAGAUGAUCAACGGGAAGAAAAUCUGUUGGAAUUUUAGAAAAGGAAAGUGUAGAUUUGGACAUAAUUGCAAAUAUGCACAUGAUUCUGAUAUACAAAAGACAUCUGAGGAGUUAGAUGCAGAGAAACAGAAAUUGAAAAGCAUAGUAUGUGAAGGUGCGGGUACAAUGUCCUGUGCUGUCCCACCACCUGUAGAAGAGAUUGUUAGUCCAACAGAUGACAGUAUGUGGGAGGGCAAUGCUAAGAAGAAGAAGAAAAGACCAGGCUUGAGCUCCGGGCUUAUACCCAGCCAGAAAGUUAUCAAAAUGUACAAAGAACAGAAGUUAAAGGACUCUCUAUCCAAAUAAAUAUAUAAUCAUA